AUGUUCCACCAGGGUGUAUUCCUCCUUUUGGUCUUCGCGGCAGCCGCGGCCAAUGCCAUCAACAAUAUCACAGACCCUAAAAAGGUGUUAACACCCCAAGACGCCUGCAUCAAAGGCAAAUGCCUGAGUGAUAUCCUGGACAGUCUCCAAGGAAGCUACCAGAUCCUUCCUGGAGUUAAUAUUUCUUCUUCUGCGGUAGCUGGGCGUUCUACAACCGCUGCAGAGGCCCUGACAUCUUACCUCAAGUCGCUGACACUCCACGUAGCCCUGUACAACGAGCCCAUGUAUAGCUUCUUCGGAGGAAUCGAAAGGGGUAAGUUACUCACCACGAGAAAAACAGGGAGGAAGAAAAGGCCAUCCUACUUCCAUUCGUUAAGGUUCCGGUUCCUCUCCUUGUAUACCGUGUUCGCCGUGGCCUUCGCCCUCGUGUCGGCCCUGGUCGGAAAGGCAGUGACCCUCUCAGUGAUCGCCCUCGUCAUCGCCGGUAUAGCAGCCGCACGAGGAGUCGCAGGCUUUGGCUUCGGCUUCGGGGCGCCGAACAGCCCUACCAAUACUCCUCCGGUCUUCGACAUUAUCAGGAGACCUCACGUCCAAGUCCAGCACAUCCACAGUGCCGAAGAGAUAUACGAGCCCGGUAAGUACAUCAGGAGGCGGGGUCAACUACGUGUACCCAAUGAGAGGACGAGCAGUGCCAGUGCCGGAUUCCUACCACCCCCAGGAAAUACACAUCAGUACCGAACCAGAUUCGAGGCACGUCGAGAGGCACAUACAUUCAACGUGACUGCGUCAUUUAUUCAACAGAUAAUUUUAGUUAGAGGUUGAUGGUGCCAAAUCUUCCUGUGAGGGACUUGUGUAAGCCACUCGCAAAAAUGUAGGAAGGAAAUACAAGAAAUAUGUUGUUUAGUUAAACAGCUCUGCUGACGAAGGAUUUAUAACUGAUUUUCAAGGUACGAAGAGUAAAAAACACACAUAGAGUCUAUGGUCGUAUCACAAUAAUAAGUUCUUAAUAACAGUUUGAUUUACAGAAGACAAUAAAUUUUCAUAAUUUUGGAAAUGACUAAAAUCGUUCUGAAAAAGCAUCCUAAAAACAAUCGAAUAAUUCUAAAAAACAAAAUAUUUAAUUUAUUGCCCUUAAGUUGUUAACAAUUGUUUAACAGAGUUUCUUGAACAUUUUUUUUGGAAGAAGCCACGAAUCAUUUUUUGCCUCUGCUUGUCUUUUUGGGAUCCUGUUUGAAUGUGUAGGCAGCAACAUUAGCGUAAGAACGAAGUAUCAAAAAGAAAAUCGAACAACCGUAAAAAAAAAUCCAGAAUAACUGACAAGACUAACUAUCAA